CAUCCCCCACCACCAAAAAUUGGACGAGAGUUGAACCUAUGUAUACGAUCGUGGUUGACGGUUGAUAUUAAUCUGUUUUCACAUUAUUUUACUUUCAUUAUUAACAUGAACUUACAUUUUUCAAUAAUGCAUUGCUAUAUUCAUACAUUGUUAAGAGUAACAUACGAAUGCACGUUAUAUCUAUAAAUAACACUUAACGGUGAAAGAUAUAAAAAUUAUGAAUUUAAUUUUAUCCGCAUAAGUAACAUCAACCAAUCAUAGAGGUUUAUAUUAGACGUUAAAGCCAGUAAGAAGAAAAGUAUAAUUGGCGUCAGUAUAAUAGUCGAACUGGUAUUACCUUGAUGUCAAAUUUCAAUAUUUAUCGCAACUUCAUAGGUUGAUUUGAUUUCCUUAUCUCGUAUUGAUAGUUAGUCAUUUCCUGUAAAACAUUGAAGAAUGUUGGAAUGUAAGUGAUUCUUUGAGUCAACGAAAGUCGAUGGUAGUGUGUUGUUGAAAUUAUGAAAAAAAUUUUUUAUUUAUACCGGUACAUAAAUUAGUUUUUUUUUUAUUAUUAAUUUACAUUUGUUUGUUGUUGUGGGCAAUGAAUCGAGAAAUCCUUCUCUUUAACGAUAUAUCACAAUAAUAUUUGGCUACGCAAAGAAAGAAAUAAUGUUGAACAGUGUAACAAAACAUAUUUUGCACUGUUGUUUACUACUUAUUGUUAUAAUCAUAUUUGAAUUGAUUACCGGAGGACUUAGUUGGAAUAAUAAUAAAAAGGAAACAUUUGAUCCAUGGAUUGAAUAUGGAUUUCUUGGCGCACUUAUAUUAUAUAUCCUGCGAACGCUUACAUUUCUUUCCCUUCCACAAGUUUUAUUUAACUUUGUAGGACUAAUGAUAUACAAUGCAUUCCCAGAUAAAGUUGUUUUAAAAGGUUCGCCAUUACUUGCACCAUUUAUUUGUAUUAGAAUAGUAACACGUGGAGAUUAUCCACAAUUAGUGAGAGCAAAUGUAAUAAGGAAUUUAAACAGAUGUCUAGAAACUGGUUUAGAAAACUUUCAAAUUGAAGUAGUUAGUGAUAAGCCAAUUGGAUUAAGCCCUCAUAGAAGAAUAAGAGAGGUUGUUGUGCCACCAAACUAUCGUACAAGUAGUGGUGCUUUGUUCAAAGCCCGUGCUUUACAAUAUUGCUUAGAAAAUUCAGUCAAUGAGUUAGCAGAUAACGAUUGGAUUGUACAUCUCGAUGAAGAAACUUUACUGACUGAAAAUUCUGUUCGUGGGAUAUUGAAUUUUGUACUGGAUGGAAAACAUCAAUUUGGUCAAGGGUUAAUAACAUAUGCAAAUGAAGAUGUAGUUAAUUGGAUUACUACCUUAGCAGACAGUUUUAGAGUAGCAGAUGACAUGGGAAAGUUACGAUUACAAUUCACAAUGUUUCAUAAACCUUUCUUUAGUAUGAAAGGUUCUUAUGUUGUUACUCAAAUGGGUGCAGAAAGACAAGUUUCCUUCAACAAUGGACUAGAUGGAUCCGUUGCAGAAGAUUGUUUUUUUGCAAUGAAAGCGUUUACCCAAGGGUAUACAUUUAAUUUUGUGGAUGGCGAAAUGUGGGAAAAGUCACCAUUUACAUUAUGGGACUUUGUACAACAAAGAAAAAGAUGGUUACAAGGUAUAUUACUUGUUGUACAUUCCAAAGCUAUUCCAUUAAAUAAAAAGCUGCUUCUAGGCAUAUCUUGUUACUCAUGGGUAACACUGCCGCUUUCUACUUCGAAUAUUGUAUUAGCUGGAAUUUAUCCCAUUACUUGCCCACCAUUUAUAGAUUUUCUAUGUGCUUUUAUUGGUGCGGUAAAUAUUUAUAUGUAUGUUUUUGGUGUAGUUAAAUCAUUUUCUUUAUACCGAUUUGGUAUUGCUCGAUUUAUACUAUGUAUAUGUGGGGCGUUAUCAACAAUUCCUUUUAAUUUGAUCAUUGAAAAUGUUGCCGUUAUAUGGGGUUUAUUCGGAACAAAACAUAAAUUUUAUGUAGUUAAUAAAGAGUACAAACCACCAGUGACAAUAUAAAAAAGUAUUAAAAUAUUCCUUUUAAAUAGUAUCAUAUACUUACAGAAAUGUUUAUGUACACUUUCAGAAAUUCUUGUGUAUUUUAGAAAAAUUUGUGUAUUUUAUAUCUUAGAAUUUGAAAUAUUAAUAAUCUUUUACGUGCUAUAGAUACAUAUAUACAUGUGUGUGUGUACAUAUAUAUAUAUAUAUAUAUAGUGUGGAUGAUAGGCGUGUUUGGAACAAACAUACUUUAUCUGUCUUAUCUAAUACUAUAUAAUAGAUAGCCAAAGUAAUAAUUUAAAUAUCUUAGUUAAUUAAUGUCUUAUAUAAUAUGCAAAAUAGUAAUAAAUAUAAUAUUAUGUUUGUAGAGUGUAGUUUAGGAAAAUUUUAAUUUAAACAUUCAAUUCAGUACUCAAAUGAGUUACAAUCAGUUACAAUAUCUCUCAGAUAAAUAAUUAUGGUAAAUAGUUUAAACAUUAUCAUUUGUUCGAAAUAAAAUACUCUUCCUUAUCAGAUUUUAUGUAAUGAAGAAAAUAAUAAAUAAAAUAAUAAUAAACAAUAAAUAAUAAAUAAAUCAUCUAUCAGUAACGAUUUUAAUAUUUAUAUUUUCAAUUAGAUUUUCAUAAAAUUCUUAUCAAUGAAUUGCUAAAUUCCCUUAAUCGAAAUACGAUUUUAUUGAUAUUAUAUAUAAUUAUGUCUUCUUUUAUCAACACUAAUAAUAAAAUAAGGUUUGAGAUAAAGAUAAAAAUGUUGAUAAAGCAAUCCAAUAAUAAUAGCUCCAUAAAAUUCUGGUUAUAAGUAUAAAAAUUCAAAAUUUUUUGCAAAAUGAUUAAUUAAAUAAUUGAAAUUAUCUUUUUGAUUGAUUACUAAGUAAUACAUGAAACUUAAUGUACCACUUAUUAGAUAUCACUUAUUAUUUAUGUUAAA